UAAGACUAUACCUAUUACUAUUAUAAGUACUAUGAAGAAGACAGGAUGUUGAGCUAAAUUCAUCCUCAUCUCUUACCCCGCAGCCCCUCCAUUAUUUCACCAUUUCAUCAUCAUCAUCACUAGGUUAGCAACUCCAUAUGCAGAAGACUUCAUAAGUGCAUCCGAGAUUCUGGACCGAGACUCACAUCCUCAACACGGUGAUCUGCCACAAAAUUAUGGAGAAGAGGAGUGUGUCGGUUACUCUUCGGCUCUGGGGCUUCAUCGCUUCAGACUUUCGGCAGAUACGUCAGGGAAACUGGGUAGCUUAAUAAUGAUGAUUGGGGUAUGAUAACAUGGGGAUCGCAACUUGGAUUACUUCUUUCUUUGCGAUUCAAGUAUCUUGUUUCUGAAUUAUAUACGAAUCAAUCAAUCACAAUGGCCAACGAAAUGGAAUACACCCGACUUGGAAAGUCAGGACUCAAAAUCUCCAAGGUCAUCCUGGGAGCCAUGUCCUACGGUACGAAAGAAUGGCAGGACUGGGUACUGGAUGAGGAGGAAUCCCUCCAGAUGAUCGAGCAUGCCUACAAGCGCGGCAUCAACACCUGGGAUACGGCAGACGUCUACUCCCACGGUCGAUCCGAAGAAAUCAUCGGCAAGGCAUUGAAGAAAUUCUCCAUCCCCCGAAACCGAGUCGUCAUUCUCAGCAAGUGCUUCUACGGCGUCGACGAUGAGGGCAAGUUUCCUCCUAUCGCCGCUUCGGCUGUCAACAAUGGCGGGUUUGUGAACCGGGUUGGUCUCUCGCGAAAGCACAUCUUCGAUGCCGUCGAUGCCAGUGUGGAAAGACUCGGUACCUAUAUCGAUGUGUUGCAGAUUCACCGGUUGGAUCGCGACACACCCCGCGAGGAGAUUAUGAAGGCUCUCAACGAUGUGGUUGAGAGUGGAAAGGUUCGAUACAUCGGUGCCAGUACCAUGGCCGCAUGGGAAUUCCAAACCCUCCAAAAUAUCGCCGCCCGCAAUGGCUGGCACCAAUUCAUCUCCAUGCAAAACUACCACAACCUCAUCUCCCGCGAGGAAGAACGCGAGAUGAUCCCCUACUGUCAAGACGCCGGUAUCGGCCUCAUCCCCUGGUCCCCCAUGGCCCGCGGAGUUCUCGCCCGCCCCUGGGGCAGCCGUUCGACAGUCCGUGAAGCAACCGACGGGGCGCUCAAGCUUCUCGUCCGCAGUCGCGAAAGCGAGGCAGACAAGGCCAUUGUCGAUCGCGUCGAGGAAGUUGCCCGGAAGAAGGGCGUGUCCAUGGCGUCCGUUGCGAUCGCGUGGUCGCUAAGCCACCCCAACGAAAACCCUAUUUUGGGGCUGAAUAGCAAGGAGCGCAUCGACGAAGCGGUUGCGAGUAUCAAGGUGAAAUUGUCGGACGAAGAAAUCAAGUACUUGGAGGAACCGUAUGUUCCCAAGACUUUGACAGCUCUGGAGCGGUAGAUACAGUAAUUGCAUGCAUGUGCUACUGCUUGCUGCUGUGUAAAUCACCCGCUUCCAUGCCAUGCAAGAUGAUAUCAACGCUUGUACUAUGUAACGAUGUCGAUCUGCAUAGCCUUAGUAACGGUUAUACAUCAAUACAAAGUGGCAAACAAUAUCCAAGAAUUCCUUCAAAAAUGUAUAUAGAAUCGUAAUUUAUCCAUGCUAUAUGGUAAACAAUAGCCACAUCUGCAA